CAAUUCUUUCUCUCUCUACCCAACAAAGAUCACUAAAAAAACAGCUCAUUUUCAUCGUCACUAAAUAAAACCCUUUUCUCUGUUUCUCAUCCAUCACUAAAAAUGGCAUCUUCUUCACUACCUUUCUCAUCUCUCAAAUUACAAUUCCCAUCUCAGAAAUCAAGAACACAACCAUCCCACCGCCGUCAACUCUUUUUCCGUCCGAUCUCAUCUUCCCUAUCGGAAAAACCAUCAAUCAAACCAACACCCACCUCGCCGGCGAUCACUAAGCUUCCGAUCAGAGAAAUCCCCGGCGACUACGGCCUUCCCUUCGUCGGCCCACUCAAAGACCGUCUAGACUAUUUCUACGAUCAGGGUAGAGAAGAGUUUUUCAAAUCAAGAAUCCAGAAAUACAGGUCAACGGUUUUCCGAGUAAACAUGCCGCCGGGUCCUUUCCUUUCGUCAAACCCACGAGUGGUUGCUCUCCUCGACGGAAAAAGUUUUCCGGUGCUUUUUGACACUGAUAAAGUCGAGAAAAGAGACAUCUUUACCGGAACCUACAUGCCGUCGAUUGAACUCACCGGCGGAUAUAGAGUAUUAUCAUAUCUUGACCCAUCAGAACCGAUGCAUGCGAAAUUAAAGAACCUUAUGUUCUAUUUACUUAAAUCUAGACGGGAUAUGAUCUUACCGGAGUUCAGUUCAACCUACGGCGAACUAUUUGAGAAUCUAGAAAAAGAUUUGGCUUCAAAAGGGAAAGUUAGUUUCACAGAAGCAAACGAUCAGGCCGCGUUUAAUUUCUUGGCCAGGGCGUUUUUUGGGUCUAAUCCGUUGGAGACAAAGCUGGGUUCUGACGGGCCAAAGCUUGUAAGUAAAUGGGUAUUGUUCCAACUUGGUCCUCUUCUUAAACUAGGUUUACCAAAGCUUGUUGAAGAAACCCUAAUCCAUACUUUCCCACUUCCUGCGAAUCUAGUGAAGAAAGAUUACCAAAAACUAUAUGAUUUCUUCUAUCAAUCAUCAACAUCUGUUCUUGACGAAGCAGAGAAUAUGGGUAUCUCAAGAGAAGAAGCUUGUCAUAAUCUAGUCUUCGCUAUCUGCUUUAACUCCUUCGGUGGAAUGAAACUGUUUUUUUCCAAUUUGAUUAAAUGGAUCGGUCGAUCAGGAGUUAAACUCCAUACCCAAUUAGCUGAAGAGAUUAGAUCCGCUGUUAAAUCAUCAAACGGGAAUAUAACCAUGUCGGCGAUGGAACAAAUGCCAUUGAUGAAGUCCGUUGUGUAUGAAUCCCUCAGGAUAGAACCUCCAGUACCGUUGCAAUUCGGUAAAGCGAAACGCGAUCUGGUGAUUGAAUCCCAUGACGCAGCGUUCAACGUUAGAGAAGGUGAGAUGUUGUUUGGAUUCCAACCGAGUGCAACUAGAGAUCCGAGGAUAUUUGAUCGCGCCGAUGAGUUCUUGCCGGAGAGAUUUGUCGGUGAAGAUAAUGAAAAGUUGUUGAAACAUGUUUUAUGGUCAAAUGGACCGGAGACAGAGACACCGUCGGUGAGUAAUAAACAGUGUGCCGGAAAAGAUUUUGUGGUGUUGGCGGCGAGAUUAUUGGUGACGGAGUUAUUUAUCCGUUAUGAUUCUUUUGAAAUUGAAGUCGGUGCUUCUCCUUUAGGUGUUUCCGUUACAUUGACAUCUCUGAAACGGGCAAGUUUUUGAAGGGACGGCGCCGGCGCCGGAGAAAGUUCCGAUGAGGCAUUAUUGGAUUGAGAUGGGAAAAGAUGAAUAUGAUGGGAUAUCACCACCCACUAAUAUUUGUUUAGUAAUAAUUAAUGGUAAUGUAAAGUUUUGAUUUAAAUU